AUGUCGGGUUCUGGACUUGGGCUAACAUUCGGCAAAUCAUCAGGACAGCAGCAGGCCGACUCUCAGGAUCUGAGCCGCUUCUCUGACUCUGAGACUGACGAACGUUCACCAUCCAAAUCCCCCUCAGAAAUCAUCACAUCUGCCUUCCGAGGCAUCAAAAAGGUUGCGCCCACGCGAGACGACUGGCCGAGGCUCACGAGGAAGCCCUCUCUUGUUGGACUUCGACGGCCUUCGGAAACUGUUGUUCCCACGAUCGAGAGACAACCAACCCCGGGACAAUACUCCAAUCCUCCAAGGAGCGCUCGCCCAACUCACCAUGCUCGGAAUUUGAGCCUCCAAGACAGUCUAUCGAAACCCCUACCCGAACCGCCCCCGCCACAGCUUUCCCCGGCAUCCCCGCUGACCCCUUUGGCACAUCCUCACACCCAGGGGAGUCUGGCGACGAUUCUAGACGCCGAAACUACUGAAGAACAGAAAGAUCACAGGCCUGGAACGAUGGAUUCGACGUCAUCUGCGGAGCAACAGGCCGGCGGUCUCUACAUGAGACCUCAAGGGGACAAUCAUAAUCAAGAAGCGAACAUGAAUGGGAAUUUAAACAAUGGCUCCAGGCAGGACGGGCAAGAGGAACGUGGUGAAAACUUGACGCCAAGAAGUAAUGGCCCUCUUUCUGCUGGAGCAUCUCCCAACUCGGGUCAGGCGAGGGGGGGUACGGUGGGAGGAACCAUAGGUGGCCCUGCUGGACCUUCCACACACCUGUCUGGUCUGAUGUGUAAUGUUCACCGAACCACGGGUCGGGAACCACACCCUCUGGUCGGCGCAACCACGACGGUUCUGGGGGAUAAGCUCUACGUCUUUGGCGGCAGGAUAUUAUCAAGAAGCAGACCAGCGCCCUUAACGGCAGACCUCUACGAAUUGGAUUUGAUCCGCCGGCACUGGACAAAGUUGGAAACGACUGGCGAUAUCCCUCCACCUCGUUACUUCCACUCAAUGUGCGCGCUUGGUGAUACAAAGAUGGUUUGCUACGGCGGCAUGUCUCCGACGACGAGCCAAAAAAAUGCGAUACCCCAAGACCAACAACCCGAGGUCACGGUCAUGUCGGAUAUCUACAUCUACGAUAUACCGACCAAAAAAUGGACCUACAUUCCAACACAGGACGCCCCACAAGGCCGUUAUGCGCAUUGCGCCUGCAUCCUGCCGUCAUCCGCCACAUUUGCCUCCCACAGGGCGCCUCUAUCGGCCCUGCAGCACAAUCCAUCGAGUGCGAAUCCGAAUGAGGGGCGCAUCGGCAUCAACAUUGACGGCACGGGCGGUGCUGAGAUGAUCGUGGUGGGAGGGCAAGAUGCGGCCAACCAUUACAUUGAGCAAAUAAGCGUCUUCAACCUACGGAGUCUGAAGUGGGUUUCAACACAGCCGCUGGGCAAGAGCUGCGGCGCAUAUAGAAGCGUGGUUGCACCCCUUCCGCCCUCUGUGGCUGCCAAGGUUGGAAAGACACAUCCGAACGGUGCUCGGCAGGAUGCUGCAGCAGCGAGUUUGGAGGCCCGGGAAGCUGGGUCGAGCAUGCUCAUCUACAGCAACUACAACUUCCUCGACGUCAAGCUCGAGCUCCAAAUCAGGUCCAGCGAUGGCCACCUUAGCGAACGACCGAUGAGCGGCUCCUACACCCCGCCAGGGCUUAGGUUUCCCAACGGAGGUGUCAUCGAUACACACUUCGUUGUGAGCGGCACAUAUCUCACAUCUUCAAAGCAAGAAUAUGCUCUCUGGGCGCUGGAUUUGCGGACGUUGACGUGGAGUCGCAUUGAUGCCGGCGGAGCUGUGUUCAGCCAGGGAAGCUGGAACCGCGGUGUUCUUUGGAACAGACGAAACACCUUUGUGGUUCUUGGCAACAGGAAAAGGAGUUUGGUGGACGACUACAAUCAUCGGAGGAUAAACUUCAGCAAUGUGUGCAUGGUAGAACUGGAAGCCUUUGGCUUUUACGACAACCCUCGCAAGACGGCACCAAUGAGUGGCUUCGUUAGUGCCAGCAGCCCCUAUACUGGGCCUGGGCUUAGCUUGUCGCGCAAAGCGGGUGUUACGGCCGGUGGAAGGUAUCACAGCCGUGCUGCCGAGGAGCUUGGUGAGAAGGCCUUGGCACUGAGGGAGCUGGCUGAUAUGGACAUUCUUUGCAUUGGAGGGGAAAGGAUACCGAUCAAUUCGAGGAUCGUCGCCCGGAGGUGGGGCCCUUACUUUGUGCAGCUACUCCGAGAAGGGACGGCGAUGCAAGAUGGCAGUGAUGCCGCCACUCUAAGGUCCAACUCGGUUUCAGCGCAGGGUGGACGAGGCCCUGGACAAUCGUCUGUGUUUUCGUCGAGUACUACUACCCUCGCGCCAAGCAUAGCUGGAUCCUCCGUCUCUUCCCCACCCCUGGAUCUUGCGGCCAUCAACACGGCGCCGACGCCACGCACCCUUCCACCCAACAGUCGACCGAGGUGUCUGUACUUACCUCACACAUACCUUACCGUCCAGGCUCUUCUUCACUUCCUGUACACGUCAACCCUGCCCGCACCUUCUUCGCCGCUGUGCACACCCCAAAUUCUCUGCAGUCUUUUGCAGAUCGCCAGGCCGUAUCGAAUCGAUGGACUCCUGGAAGCAGUGAUUGAACGCCUCCACAGCCUUCUCGACAGUCGCAACGCAGCUGCUGUCUUUAACGCCACGGCCAUGGCGGCUGGCGGUGGCCGGGGCAUCGACGGCACCCUGAACCCCAACUUCUUCCCCGUGUCGGCCGGUGUCGACGCCCUUCUUGGCCCUGAUGGCCAGCCCAGCAGCAGCAGCUUUGCCGGUAGCGACGCGGACUCUGCCACGGGCGGUCUUGCCGGGCGGGCUUCCGGGCUCAAGAUUAGCACCUCGGUGUCUGGCGCCCGUCCUUCGAGCGAUGAGUUGAGCGCCACCACUAGCGUGGGAAGUGAAUGGAGCUCCGAGAUGGACAGCGAGCGGGGAACAGGGAGGGAGCCGUGGACUGGUGACCUGAGCAGUGUUAUUGGACUGCAGAAGAGGGGGUUGAGAGGUCUGAUGGAAGGCCGGAGGAUGAGAGAGAGGACGGGGACGAACACGAUGCCUUCUGCGCCGGGUAGUUCUGGGGGAGGAGGUGGUGGCGGUGGUGGGCUUGGGUUCAAUGCCAUGCCGGGGCAGGUUGGGCUUGGGGUUGGAGGUAGAGCAUAG